GGACUCGUAUUGUGCUAUACGUGAGAUUUGAUUGAUCUUGAAAAGCUUGCGAAGAAGAAAGGUGCGGUCGAGUAAUAUCAAGGAAAUGGCGAUGACCAUGGAAUACCUCAAACCGUAUCCGACAACAGCGUCAGGAUACAGAAUCGAACUGGCCAAACAAAGCCGACUACCUGACAUACUGAAAUUCAUUCAGGAAAAUCAUAACGAGGAGGAAAAAAUUAAGAGAGUGUUGAAAGCUGGUUUCCAGACGAGCGCGGAGGAGGAGGAGGAGGCUGAAUGCAUCCAGGAAGACGACGAAAGCUUUAUCACCGCUGUUUACGAGCGAUCGCCCUGUCUGAUUGCGGUUCAAAACGGGACCGAGGAAGUAGUUGGGGUGAUUUUGACCCUUCUGAAUCGGCGAGAGGGUGAGGAUGAACGGAAUGGUGCAGGGACGGCGGAACUCUUCAAGUCUCAGACGUUCAAAUCCAAGUUCGUUAAAGAGUACUACAGCUACUUGGCAAAGAUAGACGAAGAAGUGGGUAUACACCAAAGGUAUCCAGAGGCCGAAGCCGUUCUGGAAUUUUUCUUAAUCGCCGUUCAUAACGAUCACCGCGAGAAGGGACUCGCAAAAGAUUUAAGCCAGACUGCACUCACGAUUGCCAAAUGUCUUCCGGGAGUGCGUGUUGUGUACGGUUAUUGUUCUUCGAUAGAUUCGAGGAAAGUCGCCGAAGAAAUUGGAAUGGUUAAUCUGUGCGAUAUCGAUUUAUCGACAACUUUUAAGAACGACGAGGGUGAGUCCAUAUUUCGCGACGUUGAUGAAGAUUGCGCAGUUUCCGUUAUGGGGUUGGAAAUUGAUCACGUGUAA